AUGACAUCCUUCGUAACGACAGUCAACCAGCGAGCGCGCAACCAGUUCCGGCCCCGGCCCGGAGGCAAGGCCGGCAGCUCGAGCUACCAGCUGCGCCAGUACGCCGAGGCGACGCUGGGCGGGGGCAGCCUGCGCAAGGUGGUCAAGCUGCCCGAGGGCGAGGACGAGAACGAGUGGCUGGCGGUCAACAUGGUGGACUUCUACAACCAGAUCAACCUGCUGUACGGGGCCAUCACCGAGUUCUGCUCGCCGGCGUCGUGCCCGGAGAUGAAGGCGACGGACGAGUUCGAGUACCUGUGGCAGGACGGCGACGCCUACAAGCGGCCGACCAAGAUGGCCGCGCCCGCCUACAUCGAGCAGCUCAUGUCGUGGGUCCAGGGCAGCAUCGACAACGAGGCCGUGCUGCCCAGCCGCGUCGGCGUGCCCUUCCCCAAGCAGUUCCCCCAGCUCGUCCGCCAGAUCUUCAAGCGCAUGUACCGCGUCUACGCCCACAUCUACUGCCACCACUACCCCGUCAUCCGCGAGCUCGGCCUCGAGCCCCACCUCAACACCAGCUUCAAGCAGUACGUGCUCUUCAUCGAUGAGCACAACCUCGCCAGCGGCAAGGACUUCUGGGGGCCCCUGGGCGACCUGGUCGAGAGCAUGCUGAAGAGCGAUUGA